CAUUCGCUGACACUAGUGUUGGAACUGAAGCGCAAAUAUGACUGCGUCUACGCUUGAAGCGAAUGGUGGACGCACGAUCGUCGGCCACUGAGCGUGGGUAAUCCCUGUAAAGUAGCGGUGGCAGUAUGUCGUGUUGAUGGUUGCUGUCUCGGAGAACUCUCCCAUGGUACUGCUGAAAUCGUUGUCAAUGGGCGCGCACCAGACAGUGUAUGCCUGGUCGUCACGACUGCGAUGCUUCGAGAGAACUUGCAACUCGAAUCGCCUCUAGUACCACACCGACAACUGUAUCGUCUGCUGCGUCGACGAAAUAUGACGUUCAACGGUAAGUCGCGGCAUUGAACAGACGGCAGUGAUGUUGACUGCGCAUAAUAAUCUUUAUGCAGGCCCACAAGUUCAAGAAGAGUGUACUGCAAAGCGUUUAUUCAUGAUGCUGAAUAAAAGAGUCCAGUGGCGGUCUGUACGUUUUCCUGAAUAUUUUCUACCCCUCUGCAGUCAAGCUUCCAGACGACAGUGUUUGUCCAUCACAGCGCCAUGGCACCACGGGACAUUGGCCCUCACAUAAACCAUCGGCAACAAGAAAUUAUAAUUAACUUUAUGGAGCGAAAUCCCCGUUUAGUGAAAUCAGGAGAUCUGGACCCAAAAUUCACAGCUCAGAGAAAAAAGGAAAUGUGGGAGGAGCUCGCGAAAUUGCUAAACGAUGCCGGCCCUCCCACAAAGCCCGUGGUGCAGUGGCGUUGUUGGUGGAACCGAUUUGUGAGUCGGGCCAGGGCGGACGCAGGAAACCUAUCCGCCGAGAUGAAGUCUACCGGCGGUGGACUCCUUGGGGGAGCGAAGGGCCGAGUGCUCGCCCUACUCGGGCCUGCGAGUACAGUACCGGUGCGGCCUGCGCCUUUCUUGAGCAGUCAAUGCGAAAGCGACUCCCAGCAACAGCAGCCAAACACCUCAGCUGUGACUGAGGUGUCACAGCCAGGCGACACCUCAGCACCUCGGCAGCAACCACCAUCGGCAAGCACCGGCGUCACGGGCGGAAGGUGUACUGCCAGCCGGCCUCCAAGAGCUGCAUCAAGAGGCCGCUUGCUGCAGCAGGCUGUGGGGGACACCUCAAGAAGGGUAGCCCUCGCAGCCGCAAGAAAUGAGGUGGCUGAAAAAUUAUUGGAAGAGUCCCGCAAGCAAACUGCUGAGCUGCGGGUGCUCAACAACCAGGUCGGCAGGCUGGCCGACGCCAUGGAGCGGCAGGCCGACGCCCUGGAGCGGCAACUGAGGCCAAUAUCGGAGUUGGCCACAGUCCUGGCCUCAUUUCUAACAAAUUACACACCACAAGUUUAGUGGUUAUAUCUAACGAAUGUGUAUGUAUUAAAAGUUCUUAAAAAUACCAGCAUAUGUUUCAAGGUUUACUAGUAAUGUAGUGUGGCAAUGUCACAGGUGAAACUGCCCCAAAUUAUUUUUCAGCAAUUCUUGGAGCAAGUAACAUUGCGUGUUAGAGCAGUCUGGAGCAGACAUAAUUGUAUUUUGGAUCAAUUUGGGGCACAAAAUAUUCAUUUUGAUGCAAUUUGGGGCAGGCCAAUGUCAAUUUUGGUGGAAUAAUGGAAUUUACAGGGCACUUCGAAAGCACAUAGGUACAUUAAAGACCAACACGAAAACAACAUUACAGUAUGUAAAGAGGCAGCAUUGUGCAUGUUUUUCUGCAUAAAGGCAAGAGCAUUUGUGGCACUAUCAUCUAACUGCACAUUCCCGUGCCAUAGCUGAUAACUGCAAUGUUAUUAAAUCAUGUGGCGCAAUCAACGCGGUCACACAGCUUCUAGUUCACGAUAUGUCACUGCAGACGCAGAGAGCCGUGACCAACUCCGGGCUGGUGAAACUUCUAGCUAUUCCAAUCUGUUUUUGCCGCAAUAGCAAUUAUGUGGACGCUGUAGGCGCAUUUCCGCCGUCGCUGUAGCCAUGAUGUUCCAGAUUAAUUCCAGGGGCGAUAACGACGUUGGCGUGUACUGUAUGCUGUAAAGUAUGUGCGAGUGAAAGCGUGUGAGGAUGGGUCGACGAUGCCAUUUGACGAACUCAACAUUUAAUGAAGUACAUUCUAAUUACAACCUCCCAAGUGUACGUACAUGCGCCGGCCACUAGCGUGAAGCGCUGAAAAGUCUGCUGUUGUGAGCGAAAAAAUUCAUGUGGGAGGCUCGUUGGCUAGGUGUGCAGCAUGUGAACAGCUGUUCCCCCCCUUUUUUUAUAUAGAAUUCCCUCCCUGUUCAUGGCACAAUCCUCUCAACAUUUUUGUUUUUGGCGCAGUAUGGAACAGGAAUUCACCUUUCUGUCAAGAUGGUGCAAUUGACAAAGGAGUUCCAGCUUUGCAAUAAUGUUGUGAGGUACCAUGCACUUCCAGUGCUUUUCAAGUAUGGAUAGGCACCGCACAUCUUUGUUGUGCCAUUGGAGUAUAGAAGAAAGCCGAUUUUAAACUAAUUCUUGCACCCUCACUGCCAACACAACAUCACGUAUACUUCGUGUAGCUUACACAAAUGCAUGCCAAAGCUAUGAAUUACAUGGAUUAGUAGUUUGCGUCCGAGCCGCUAACUGAUGUCACCAUUUCUUCCUACGCUCAUGCUGAAAGGAAAUACUAAUAAAGUGUUACGCACGCACACUUCUUUGCAGUACAAACGAGCAUAACUUGUCGGUUUAAGUAAACCGCUCCUCGAUGAUGGGACACAAAUGUCUGUCCGCCUCAGACAGAGGAAAAAUCUCGUCAUGUUAACGACUUCCAGCAUAAAUAACUCUCGAUGUGUGUCACAAUGUAACACACGUAGGAAACACUAUGGAAGUAUUCAACAACGAACUGAAGGGAACAUGACGAAUAUGGCCAAUCAUUCAAAGAGGUCAAAUUCUAUUAAAAGAAUUGUCGCACGACACCAUUUGAGCAAGCACAGUAACAGCACAGUCCACAUAGCAUGUCUUCCAGUGCAUACAGAACAACAAACUGUUGCCACAAAAGUUUGAGUGCGUUCCUUAACAGCUUAUGCUAUCGAAACCUAAGCUGCAUGUUAAAUAAUUCACAUGGACAUAAAGGCGGUGGAAACUACGGCUUGGCAGUUGAACUGCAUGCAUUUCUUGGUUUCGGUCAUGAGUGAACAUGACCUCGUAGGGGCACAUGGAAAUACCCGGUAAUAAGAAGCUUGUCUUUGUCAGCCAUGCAACAAAAAUCGGACUUUCUCAGUCACAGCAAUACAGGCGACACAUUGAGAUACACAUGAUAAUGCAACAUAGAUCGUAACGUAUCAUUUAACCAAAUAAGGUGACCAGUGAAUUUUGAAACGCACCGAAAAACAAAAAACUUCGUAUGAUGAGCCCCACACUGCUUUUAACACAAUGCUUAGUUUCCGUUGUAAAUUUAUUUUCAAAGUUGUGCAACACAAUAGAAGGGAAUGAAAUUUAAAUUUUGUCAGCCACUCAAACGAGGAACAAUUGCGCAAGUUGCACUUUUUAACAUGAACCGCAUAGUUCGAGUUCGCAAAGGUGUUGCAAAUAUGCUGCCAAUUUAAUAUUGUACAUCAUAAAGCGUACUUAAUGUGCAGCAAUGCUACAUAAGCUGUACCACGUUUGAAGGUCAUUGUUGGGUGUCAUUCACACUCAGGUACAUAUAAUCGUGUUAUGUUUCACGUCGUGGCGACCUUCUUUCAUUAAGCUUUCCGAAAUUGCCUGUUAGCGGAUUUGUAGUAAAAUUUGCGCCUAUGUUACGCACAGGUGCCAUUUUUCUUGUAAUACCGCAAUUUUUAUUUCUUCUUAGGGUUCAACACAUUUCAAUGCGAUUGCUGUGAUGGUGAUGUUACGCAAGCGACUUGUACAGUUUGGAUACACUUUAAAUGGAACCUCUGGUGUUUGUGUACAUUAGGAUGUUUUAAUAUCCAAAUGCCGCUGACAUUACUGUUACCAGUGGAAUGGCAUAAUUGGCUUAGAAGCUCAUCCGUAAUUUCAAAUUGCGAAUAAACCUUCGAUUGCUCAGACACAGUCAGCACUGCAGGAUCGAUAUUUUUUGAGCCCACUGUGCAAGGCAGCUGACAUGCCCAAACACAACACCGUGUGCUGCAGGUAGACAAAGAAAAGCAUCGGUUGUGACGUAUCUCACAAUGAUGAUUGCUGGCCAUCGACUCGUGCGAAAGGGUCCUAGCUUCGUCGUUUGUGGUCUAAGUGGUCGUGUAGUGUACGAUAUCACAAACACGGGACGCCAAGUGCAGAGUUAUACAUGCGUGGGCAUGGCCCGGGAGCAUGCAACCAAUAUUUGAGGUUCGUGAUAAGGAAAACUAAUUCAUGUUUAGUCACAUCGUUUGGCAUGAACAAUUAAAGUGCAAAAGGGAACGUAUACUCAACAUUUCUAUUUCAAGGCCAGAGGACAUAGAAAAAUUUCCCACGUUGCCCUUUCAGUGACCAUUUUCAAUUGGCUGUGAGAAUGACCUCCCUAUUAGAUAUAUGGUGGAGGCUACAAAAUGCUUCAACUAUUUAAAGAAAAGGUAGUACGCAGCACUUUCACAUGUUUAGAAACUUCUGCAACAUUGCAGGUUAGGAAAGUAUUACACAUUCACCUCGAAGUGACGCUUUUGUGUUAUAAGAAGCAAUCACGUGCG